AUGGGAAGUUCAAAGCCCCUACGAGCUUCUACUAUGGGAAAAAGAAGAAAUCUUAGAGCGAGCUCUAAUUCUCCUCCACCGCCUCCCACUAUUGGCCGUUCAAAUUCAACACGGGCUCUUCACACUAAGAUAACCAGGUCGACCAAAGGUGUUGGAGAGCCAUCCACGCCUCUAAAUGGACCUUCCAGUUUAAUGAUGACUGGUACAAAAUCUCAUACUUCUCAGCGAAACUAUACUUUCGAGGAAAGAAAAUGGAUAUUUGAGCAAGCAGAAAGGGUUUUUAGCGGUGAUUGUACCUGGGAAGAUGUUACUGCCGAUUUCAACGCCACUUACAAUAGAACGAAAGAAGCUAGAAUGAUCAAAAGUUAUUAUACGCUUCAACAACGUGAAAUUAAGCAUGGAAGAGGUGUGGAUCCACGGGGAAUUAAUGACCAGAGUUCCACAGAGAUACCAGCAUUGAAGAAGCCAGCUCGACGUAAGCUUGUCUUUGUUGAUCCGGCGGAAUCGGAUGAUCGCGAUGAGCUUGGUCCAGACAUUACUCCUAAGGGUAAAGGGACGCUUCCCGGCCCUACAAAAUCAGAUACUGCUAGAAUAAUAGCUUCAAAGAGUGUCUCAGAGGGUAGAGGACGGCCCCGGAGCGCAUCUGAUGCUGCAUCUUCGGGCCCAGAGUGGGUAUAUGAGUCUGGAGCUCAUAAAAGAAAGAAAAUAGGUGUUUUUGAGUCGCGCACACUUUCACCAGAGGAGACAGGCUUGAAGACUAGGGUUUCUGCCCAGAAACCGGGGAUAACUCUGCGACCUAGGGGGGAUUCAAAAAAUCAGGUCAUAAGAAACUCGAAAUUAAUAGCAAAGCCUAAAAAAGCUGCGAAGCCGGUUAAAGAAAGCGAUAAUGAGGAUGAAAGCAACGUCGAGGAUGACUCGGUGGAAGAUGUCGAGUCUGAAGAUGAAGAGAGCGACGGUGCUGAGAUUGCUGAUCUUGAGGGCUACCAAGAGUCAACCGCGAGCGUAGAGACUGGGACUGAUAGUGAGAAAAGCCAAAGGGAGGAAGAGGAGGCCCAACAAGCCCCGAGUAAAAAGAAAGGAGAUGGUGAGCGGGAGGAGGUAGAGGAUUCAGUUAGCGGCGGAGAGGCGGUUGGAGUUGAGCAGCUUCCAUUCACAGGGGAGCUAGAUAUCUCCGCCAACGAGGACAGUGCUAUUGGCGAGAUCGAUAACCAGGAAAGCCCGGAGAAUGAAGAAGGAAAGAGUACUUCUGAGGAGAGUGCCAAUACAUUAGCUACCUGUGCAGGGGAGAUUACCGACCUGAGGAAUGAUGACGAUAGUAACAGUGGACUAUCAAAGGUCGAGUCUCCCAAAGAGGAGAUACAUGGUAAAUUUGUUGCUUUAAGGUCGGUUCUGGAGAGAGAAGAUGACAAAGACGACGAAAGCGAAGGGGACGUUGAAGAUGACAAGGACGACGAGUACGAGGAAGCUGCCGAAAUAGGAUUCGUCACUCCUAUCCCUAUAAACUUCGGGCAAAGUCUUACCGCACCUUCCAUUUCGUCUUCCUUACGCAAAAUAACUAACGAAAUCAAACCUUUAUCUUCAAUUAACUUAAACCAAGUUGAUCUUGAACACAGCAGCCUACCUCUUCCAGGUCGCGACGAGAUGGAGAAAGAUUCUGUUAGUCGUGCUGGCUUUGAUGCCGCUUCCCAAGCGGAUGCACAGAAUCAAAUUCAGGGAAAUCUCGAAAAAGAAAGUGUUCUAGUGAAGUGUUUUGAUAUUGUGUAUCAAGACGUCGUUCAAACAACUGCUAUUGAUAAUUCUAUCGCUCGCCAAGUCCUCGCACCCCCGUCCGCCGACAAGGAUAACGACAUUCAAGUCCCUGUUUCUCCUAAAAACUCCCAUCUUGCAAAUAGCUUAACUGGUCAUAGAAAAAUCUUGAAAGGGAAUUCUGCCCACGAGGAGCUCGGCAAGACCAAGACAGGAUCAGCUGCACAACUGGCAGACAGAAGGGGGAGAGAGAAAAAGGGUCUCACAUCACCGAAAAAACUUGCCCCUACGAACACUCCCGGCACUGUGGUCCUUGAUGGGGUCGUGGCUGGAGGCCGAGAGAGUUUUAAUGUGGUGGAGCCCUCGGGCGAGAUCUUUUCAUUGAGACCACAUGAAGAACAGUCUUCUAAACCGCUGUUGGAGACAGGAGGAUUACUUGAUAUUUCUCCAACAAGCUCAGUUGGAUCUUUAAUGACUUUCGCCCAUGCGAGAAGGAGUAUUGGGAGUUCCAACUCCCUUAAGGAUCUGGGGAAAGAUAUGGAGCGCCGUGGGAACAGAAAAGGGGUUACUGGCAUCGAUCACAACGCUCGAGAAUCCGGGGUCGUUUGUAAUACCAACGACGAGAAGCCACAGAGAAUCAUUGACCAAGGAAUGUUCCAGACGCUCGGGGCGGUUCCUAUCUCAAAGAAGAACACAAAAAGGGCCAUUCCUCGAGCUUUGGAAUCAUCUAUCGAAAGUGCGCAGUUACCCACUAAAAGAGUAAGGUUGGCUCACGCCGAGAACGAAAACACGAUCAAUCGAGCUGGAGCUGCAACCAAUUGUGGAGUUUCUGUUGGGCCAACAGUAAUCUCUGCACCGACAGAUAUCUCUCCCCCAUCUAAAACUCAAGUUAUGUUUGCUAAAAAUGAGGGAGGGAUUCGUCGUAUUUAUGUCGAUCGCGGUGCUAUUGGUACGAGCGUUCCCUCCGCUAUUCCAGGUCCCAUAACAUGGAGGAGGAUAUACGAGGAACGCGCGAGUCUUCUUGAUAGAGUCCUCACUACUGAGUUUCGAGAACUUGUGGAAGCCUUGAAAGAAGGGAAAAGUGAUAGACGUCUGUUUAUUUACACCUGCUCACAAUCCGCCAUUGAGUGGGUUACCGUUCACCAUCUCAAGGCUAGAAAGACACAAUGGAGAACUCAAUGGGGAAUUCAAGUCCCACCACGUGACCAGGCCUUGAUCGAGGAGGCUGUUAAAUUGCUCGAGGAACGAAAGAACAGCGGUAAAGAAACCGAGUUCAAGCGUGUUUGGGGCGGGCAGAAGGUUUACGAGGGCCUGAUCUUAGAGGCACAAAGGGAGUAUCUUGAGGCCCAUGGUCAAGCUUCGUCUGGAACUACCUCUUGA